AUGUAAUAAAAAAGCGAUGAUUCUGCACAUAAGAAUAAAUAGGAGGUCCAUUAAUCGUAGCCACAUCAAUUAUAGUAUUCCUCAUAGACUAAAUAAGUACCUAGCAAAUUUCAAAUAGACUAGAUUGGGAAAGAUAUUGCAACUUUAAUCAUCCCUGCUUUUAAAGAUAUGAUCAACUAAGAAACCGAUGUGUAGUAUCGAUUUGACUCAUUCCACUCCAUUUUAAAUUCAGUUAAAUAAGCGGAAGAGGAUAUGAAUAUCACUUAAAAGAAUAAACAACAUACACUAGACUGGUGGAAAGUUACAGGAUAGGUGUAAGAAAUAUUCAAUUACUUUCAAAAUCUCAUAUCAAGCAGUUAUCUCGUUUUCUAGAUAGAUACAAUGGCAGACUUCAAAUAGUAGAGUUGACAGAAGAACAAAAGUUUAAGCAAAAUUCUUGUAGAUGAAUAAGAACUCUAUGUUGAAAUGUCGAUGUAAGGGAAAAAAUUGAUUACAAUUUUUCAAAUGUAAAAUAAUUUUCAUAAAUGUCAAAUGGGUUUUUGCUUGUUCAGGAGAAUCUUAAGAAAGAGAGAGCAUAAUCAAUAAAAUGUAUGCGGCAAAGUGGCGAAGAAAAAAUGA